CAUUUGAAUUGUGAGAGUGAGGAUCAGAGCAGCGACCAUGGAGGGAAGCGAGAGCGAGGCCGUCUUCGAUGCUUGCGAUCUCAACCCCCAGCGCUUCAUCAACGAGGUCCUCAACACCUCCGACGAUCUCCUCGAUGGUGCCUUCCAGUUCUGCCUCCAGCAGGCUUCAAUCAUCACGGGAUAUGGGGAGAAGCAAUCUGAUGAGCUUGCCAAGGGUGUUUCAUACCUUCGUAACAUGACCCAAGGAAUUCUGGACAAGAGAAUGAACAUCUGGGAAAAGUAUUGUCUUCGACAUUGUUUUUCUGUACCUGAGGGCUUUUUGCUGCAAAAAACUCAAGAUUUGUCUGUUGAGAAUUUAUCACUUCAAGAAGGAGGUUCUGAAGCAGAACUUGAUUCUCAGCUGAGCUCAUUAAGAGAGAAGCUUGCUGCAGUUAGGAAGGAAUCUUCAGAGCUUCAUAGAGAGAUCCAAGCUCUGGAAAAGCAGGCGUCUCUUAACAAUAGUUAUGACGCAUCCAUUGCUGAGGCACUGCAGCUGUAUGAGCCGAACUCAACGCAUGAGAUGUUUCAAGAGGUAAGGAAAGUGGCAUCAGUACUGCAAGCAAAAGCUGAGACUAUGCAGAUCAAAAGAACAAAAGAUAUGGAACCUCUGAUUGCUGGGAAAAUAAACUCACCGAGUAAAAGGCAGCAUGUGUUUGAUAACCAUGAUCUUACUGCAAGCCUUGAUGAUAUUCUUGGAGUAAUAACUGUCUUGAAGAAUAUGUAACAGCAAUAUGCAAUGACAUUAUCAUGGAAGCAUGUUACUUGAAAGCAAGUAUUGACUAAUCAAGAUGAUCAAGUGGUGUGUAUCAGAGUUCAUAUUUCUUGACUUGUGACUGUCUUAUCUUUAUGUAGCUACAAGUUUAAGCAGUUCAUUGAUGUAUUUAUUAGUGACUACUUAUAACCAUUUGGAGGUCACCAAACUACCAACUAAGCUGAACUGCAUUGGUUACAAUUGUAUCCAACCAACUUUGCAUACCCAAAUCCAUCAUCCUUUAUCACCAUGUUGUAACAGGUAGAGACUGUUGGUAAGCUUAUGGUGUACUAUCAGUUCUUUUACUCAAGGAAGUUUGAUCAUACAACUGAUUAGUUCAUGGACUUCAAUCAAAGAAUUGUUUUAAUAUGUAUAAUAUUAUUCAUAUAAUUUUUUUUAUUAGUAAAAUUUACUAUUCAGAUAGCUCAUGAUCAAGACUAAUCAUCCUUCAUAAGAUUGGGUUUGGA